AUGCCCGAGCCGAGCGACGACGCCGCGCCGAAGAAGCGCAAGGCCGACGGCGGCGCCGCGGCGGACGCGGCCGCCGCGCCCGGCGACGGCGCCGAGGAGGAGGACGGCGGCGACAAGAAGCGGAAGAAGAAGGCGGAGCCGCGGCGGUGGACGCAGGUCGAGGACGCCGCGCUCUGCGUCGCCGUGAAGCAGCACGGCGAGUGCAACUGGAAGUCCAUCGCCGCGGCGGUCGGAUCGCGGAACCACAUGCAGUGCCUCCAGCGCUGGAAGAAGGUGCUGAAGCCGGGCCUCGUCAAGGGCAACUGGACGCGGUCCGAGGACGAGACUUUAGCGCGGCGCCUCGAGGUCGCGGCGAGGGACCCCAACGGCAUGCAGCGCGUCGACUGGCCGGGCGUCGCGAGCCUCCUGCCGCUCCGGUCCGCGCGCGAGUGCCGCGAGCGCUGGAAGUACUGCCUGUCGCCCCUGGCCCACGGCCACCGCGACGCCGCGGGCCGCGAGGCCUACGGCGAGGGGCCCUUCGGGGGCUACCCGCCGCCCCACGCGCCGCCGCCCUACGGCCGCUACGCGCCGUUCGGCCGGCCGCCGCCGGACGUCGGGCCCCCCGAGUUCCCGCCGGGCGCGCCGCCGCCCGUCGGCCGCGACGGCGGGCCCCGGCCGCCGCCGCCCCACCCCUACGGGCCCUACGGCCGCUACGGCGAGGACUACGCCGGCGGGGACCCCGGCGACGCGCGGUGGCGCGACGCGCUCGCCGCGGAUCUCGAGAAGCGGCUCCUGGAGCAGCGGGCCGUCGUCGACGGCAUGCUCCGGGAGGUCGCGCUGCUGCGCCGCGGCCGGGACCAGCCCUGGCCCGCCGACGGCCGGCCGCCGGAGGCCGAGGCCGCGCCGCCGGCCGACGGCGCCGCGGGCGCCGCGCCCGCGACGAGCCGCGACCGCGUGUCGUCCGCGCUCGAGGUCGUCGCGCGCGCGGCCCGCGGCGAGGACCGGCCGCCGCCGGACGACGACGCCUACCGCCGCGGCGCGCCGGCGCUCUCCUUCAGCCCGCCGGGCGGCCACGACGCGGCGCGGGACCUCGCGCCGCCGAGCAUGAGCCCGCUCGGCGACCUGGGCACGCUCGGCACGUCGCCGCGGCUCCCGGGCGACGGCUACCCGCGCUACGGCGCGCCGCCGCCGGGCGGCGGCCGCGACGCCUACGGGGGCCGCUACGGCGGGUCGCCCUUCGGGUCCGCGCCGUUCCGGGGCCUCGCGCCCGCGGGCGGCACGCCGUCCAUGGAGGACGAGUCGCCGUCGUUCAUGUACUCCCAGAUCGCGCCCCUGCUCCACUCGCCGGCGAGCCCGCCGGGCUCGGGCUUCUACUACUCGCCGCACCUCGCGCCGCAGCCGCCGCGCCAGCUGAACCACGGGCCGUCGCCGUCGGGCUCGACCGCGUCGCUCGGCUCGCGGCGGAGCCCGCCGCCGCCGCGCCGCGAGCUCGGCGACGACGCGCCGCCGCCCGCGGCGGCCCUCGUCGACUUCGCCGACGCCGCGGCGUCGGCCUCCUGA